AUGGAGGCUCCAGGGGAUGAGACUCGAACCUCAAGAGCGGAAAAACAACAAAAAGGAAAGGGCAAGAAUAACCAGUUAUCACAAAAGGAACUAAAAGUUGCCAACGGACUUACUGACCGUCUUGUUAAUGCCUUAACGGAAUAUCUACACACAGUAAGGAACCAUUUGCAAUUACAUGUCUCGUUAUUGGGAGCUAACAUCGCCGCUGCGACUCUUAGCCGCCAGUGGCAAGUACAUGCCUCGUCAUUGAAUGUUGAUACCGCCGCUGCUACUCCAAGCCGCCAGUUGCAAGUACAUGUCUCGUCAUUGCAAGUUGAUACCGCCGCUGCUACUCCAAGCCGCCAGUUGCAAGUACAUGUCUCGUCAUUACAAGUUGAUACCGCCGCUGCUACUCCAAGCCGCCAGUUGCAAGUACAUGUCUCAUCACUGCAAGUUGAUAUCACCGUUACUACCCUAAGCCGUCAGUUGCGCGUUUAUGUAUUGUCAUUGCAAGUUGAUACCGCCGCUGCUUCUCCAAGCCGCCAGUUGCAAGUACUUGUCUUGUCAUUACAAGCUGAUACCGCCGCUGCUACUCCAAGCCGCCAGUUGCAAGUAUAUGUCUCGUCAUUACAAGUUGAUACCGCCGCUGCUACUCCAAGCCGCCAGUUGCAAGUACAUGUCUCAUCACUGCAAGUUGAUAUCACCGUUACUACCCUAAGCCGUCAGUUGCACGUUUAUGUAUUGUCAUUACAAGUUGAUACCGCCGCUGCUACUCCAAGCCGCCAGUUGCAAAUACUUGUCUUGUCAUUACAAGCUGAUACCGCCGCUGCUACUCCAAGCCGCCAGUUGCAAGUACAUGUCUCGUCAUUGCAAGUUGAUACCGCCGCUGCUACUCCAAGCCGCCAGUUGCAAGAACAUGUCUCGUCAUUACAAGCUGAUACCGCCGCUGCUACUCCAAGCCGCCAGUUGCAAGUACAUGUCUCGUCAUUGCAAGUUGAUACCGCCGCUGCUACUCCAAGCCGCCAGUUGCAAGAACAUGUCUCGUCAUUACAAGCUGAUACCGCCGCUGCUACUCCAAGCCGCCAGUUGCAAGUACAUGUCUCGUCAUUGCAAGCUGAUAUCACCGUUGCUACCCUAAGCCAUCAGUUGCACGUUAAUGCAUUAUCAUUGCAAGUUGAUACCACCGCUGCUACUCCAAGCCGCCAGUUGCAAGUACAUGUCUCAUCACUGCAAGUUGAUAUCACCGUUACUACCCUAAGCCGUCAGUUGCACGUUUAUGUAUUGUCAUUGCAAGCUGAUACCGCCGCUGCUACUCCAAGCCGCCAGUUGCAAGUACAUGUCUCGUCAUUACAAGCUGAUACCGCCGCUGCUACUCCAAGCCGCCAGUUGCAAGUACAUGUCUCGUCAUUACAAGCUGAUACCGCCGCUGCUACUCCAAGCCGCCAGUUGCAAGAACAUGUCUCGUCAUUAAAUGCUGAUACCGCCGCUGCUACUCCAAGCCGCCAGUUGCAAGUACAUAUCUCGUCAUUACAAGCUGAUACCGCCGCUGCUACUCCAAGCCGCCAGUUGCAAGUACAUGUCUCGUCAUUACAAGCUGAUACCGCCGCUGCUACUCCAAGCCGCCAGUUGCAAGUACAUGUCUCGUCAUUACAAGCUGAUACCGCCGCUGCUACUCCAAGCCGCCAGUUGCCAGAACAUGUCUCGUCAUUAAAUGCUGAUACCGCCGCUGCUACUCCAAGCCGCCAGUUGCAAGUACAUGUCUCGUCAUUACAAGCUGAUACCGCCGCUGCUACUCCAAGCCGCCAGUUGCAAGAACAUGUCUCGUCAUUACAUGCUGAUACCGCCGCUGCUACUCCAAGCCGCCAGUUGCAAGUACAUGUCUCGUCAUUACAAGCUGAUACCGCCGCUGCUACUCCAAGCCGCCAGUUGCAAGAACAUGUCUCGUCAUUACAUGCUGAUACCGCCGCUGCUACUCCAAGCCGCCAGUUGCAAGAACAUGUCUCGUCAUUACAAGCUGAUACCGCCGCUGCUACUCCAAGCCGCCAGUUGCAAGAACAUGUCUCGUCAUCACAUGCUGAUACCGCCGCUGCUACUCCAAGCCGCCAGUUGCAAGAACAUGUCUCGUCAUUACAUGCUGAUACCGCCGCUGCUACUCCAAGCCGUCAGUUGCAAGUACAUGUCUCGUCAUUACAAGCUGAUACCGCCGCUGCUACUCCAAGCCGCCAGUUGCAAGUACAUGUCUCGUCAUUACAAGCUGAUACCGCCGCUGCUACUCCAAGCCUCCAGUUGCAAGAACAUGUCUCGUCAUUACAAGCUGAUACCGCCGCUGCUACUCCAAGCCGCCAGUUGCAAGUACAUGUCUCGUCAUUGCAAGUUGAUAUCACCGUUUCUACCCUAAGCCAUCAGUUGCACGUUUAUGUAUUGUCAUUGCAAGUUGAUACCGCCGCUGCUACUCCAAGCCGCCAUUUGCAAGUACAUGUCUCGUCACUGCAAGUUGAUAUAACCGUUACUACCCUACGCCGUCAGUUGCACGUUUAUGUAUUGUCAUUGCAAGUUGAUACCGCCGCUGCUACCCCAAGCCGCCAGUUGCAAGUACAUGUCUCGUCAUUACAAGUUGAUACCGCCGCUGCUACUCCAAGCCGCCAGUAA